AUGGAGGACUCUAAAUCCCACGAUCCCGAAAAGGGUCAAACUCGGGCCAGCCGUGCCGAUAGCGUUAGCCAGGAGGCUUACAUGCAAGAUACACGCGCGCCUUGGACAACGAGGUUUGUCGACAGUUUCAAAAGAGACCCUAAUGCUGCUGUUACGAAACCAGCUCAACGGGGUCUUGAUGGACAUGAAGCGCCUGUUUCGGGUUUCGAUCACAGGGCUGCUGCUGAAGCUACUGCCAAUUCUGGUUUGGCUAGAGAAUUAAAACCUCGUCACUUGCAAAUGAUUGCAAUUGGUGGCUCUAUUGGUACUGGUCUCUUCGUCACAUCUGGAGCUGCUCUUUCAAAUGGUGGUCCCGCUUCUUUAAUCAUCGCUUAUGGUAUCAUUGGUAUAAUGUUGUUCUGUACUGUACACGCUUUGGGAGAAAUGGCUGUCGUUUUCCCUGUCUCUGGUUCCUUCUCCGCAUACUCUACUCGCUUCAUCGAUCCUGCUUGGGGUUUCGCAAUGGGAUGGAAUUACGCUAUUCAAUGGCUUGUCGUCUUACCUCUUGAGAUUGUCGCUGCUUCAAUCACGCUAGCGUAUUGGCCAGGUGCAGCUGAUACUAAUUCAGCUGCUUGGGUUACGAUUUUCUUCGUGGUUAUUGUUGCAAUUAACUUCUUUGGUGUAAAAGGUUAUGGGGAGGCUGAGUUUGUCUUCUCAAUCAUCAAGGUUGCUGCAGUUAUCGGAUUCAUUAUUCUCGGUAUCGUCCUCAACUGUGGAGGAGAAGUUGGAGGAGGAAAAUACAUUGGAGCUCGUUAUUGGUAUCCCAAUACCGUUGACCCUGACUAUGCUGGUUACUCCAAUAUCGCAAAUCAGAAUGCUGACGGAAGUCCCAUGCAAAUUGCUUCUGGUGCUUUCCACAACGGCUUCAAGGGUCUUUGCUCUGUAUUCGUCACAGCUGCUUUCUCUUUCGCUGGUACUGAGCUUGUCGGUUUGGCAGCAGCUGAAACUGCAAACCCACGCAAAACCCUCCCAACAGCUAUCAAACAGGUUUUCUGGCGUAUCUGUCUCUUCUACAUGGUUGCCUUGACCUUAGUCAGCGUUCUUGUACCAUACGGAGAUAAGCGACUCUUGGGAUCCAGUUCUACUGAUGCUAAAGCCUCCCCAUUCGUCAUUGCCAUCAACAAUGCUAGAAUUUCUGUUCUUCCCUCCAUCAUGAACGUUGUUGUUCUUAUCUCCGUUCUCUCCGUCGGAAACUCUUCUAUCUACGGUUCUUCGCGUACUCUUGCGGCUCUUGCAGAACAAGGUCAAGCUCCAAGAUUCCUUGCUUACAUUGAUCGUAAAGGACGUCCCCUUUUGGCUAUCAUCUUCUCAUCAGUUAUUGGUCUUCUCUGCUACGUCGUAGCUGGUGGUCAAACCACUGCUGCUACCGCUCUUAACUGGCUGUACUCCCUUUCCGGUCUCUCAUCCCUAUUCACAUGGGGAUCUAUCUGUCUCGCACACAUUCGAUUCCGUGCCGCCUGGAAAGCACAAGGACACACCCUUGAUGAGCUAGCUUUUACAUCCCAAGUUGGAGUUAUCGGUUCCUGGGUCGGUCUCAGUCUCAAUGUUCUUGUGUUGAUUGCGCAAUUCUGGACGGCUAUCUGGCCAAUUGGUUACGCAUCACUUUCCCCAUCAGGAGUUGCUCAAAGCUUCUUCUUGGCUUAUCUAGCCGCUCCAGUUGUCUUGUUGUUCUACAUCCCAUACAAGAUCUACUACAAAACUCCUUUCAUGAAGGCAGCAGAUAUGGAUUUGACGACAGGAAAGAGAGAUUUGGAUACCCCGGCUUUGAUCGAACAAGAUCGUCUUGAGAAGGCGGCAUGGCCUCGCUGGAAGAGAAUCUACAGGACCAUAUGUUAA